GGCGGCAAGGCACCUAUCGGAGGGCUGCUUCGCCGCAUGACGCUGCUCGAGAAGAUCUGCACGCAGGUCGAGUGGUACCUGACGCGGCGCGACGUGGCGGGAGACGGCUUCCUGAUGGAGCAGCUGAGCGACCCGGACGGCUGGGUCCCCAUCUCUACGCUCUGCGCCUUCCCGCGGAUGCGCAAGCUGUGCCACCCGCAGCUGGCGGCGGUGGCACACGUGCUGUCGCACUCGCCGCGGCUGCAGGUGUCCGACGAUAAGUCGAGUGUGCGCGCCUCGCGACAGCCCGCCCGCUCCCCUGCGCGCGCGCUGCCGCCUGCGGUGGCGGCGGCGGCGCGCGCGGCAGUGGUUGCGGCGGUGACGAAGCUGCUCGGAGACGCGAGCCUGACCCUCGACGCCGAGGUCCGUCGCCGCGUGCGCGCCGCGUCUGCGCCGGGCGCACUCGAGGGUGGCGGGUGCGGCGCCAGGAUCCGGGUGGAGGAGCUGUGUGCGAUGCCGCAGCUGCAGCCACUCGCGGGGAUCGCGCGCCACGAGGCGGUCGCCGCCGCGCGCCACGAGCCGCUCGCCAACUUGUCUCCGCAGCAGCUGGUCGCGCUGCUGCCCCGGCCGGGCGAGUCGCCCCUCGUCUCCCUCUCGGCGGACGGCCUCUUCCUCGAGCGGCUAACUCCGUCGCCCGAGGCGAGGGGACUCGUGCCUCCACAGCCCGCGGGCGCCUCGCCGCCCGACGUGAGGAGGUGCGCCUCGCCGCCCGACGUGAGCCUGAUGACGUUCAACCUGCUGGCCGACAUGCUGACGUACUGCGAGGCGUUCCCGCACGCCGAAGAGCGGCACCUCGCUUGGCCGCACCGGCUGGAGCUGCAGAUCGCAGAGAUCGAGCUGCACGCGCCGUCUGCGUGGCCUGCCGUGCAGAUCGGCAACGCGGUCUACUGGCGGCGGUCCGAGUUUGAGCUUCUCGAGCACGUGACAGUGCCAAUCAACAAGGUGCUCGUCGCCGCGUGCGCCGACGAGCAGUCGCGGCAGCACUUCGGGCGGGGCGCGCAGGCCAUCGUCGCGGAGCACGUCGCUUUCCCGUCGCUCGGCCCUCCGCCUCCCUCCGAUUCUGCCUGCAGCAGCGAGAGAGCCGUCACGCUGCCCCGCGCCUUCACCUCCGCCUACGCCGCCGUGCUCGGGGACGAGCCUCUCUUCACAAACUUCACCGGCCCGCAGCGCCCGCCGUGUCAGUUCGUCGGCACGCUCGACUACGUGCUCUGCUCGUCCCACUUCGCGCCCGCCCGCGUGCUGCAGCUCCCCUCCGAGGACACCGUCCGCCUCGGCCGCUUCCUCCCCUCGGAGCGCCUCGCCACUCCCCCUCCCAAGGCGGCACCGGAGCGCUUCCCCUCGGACCACCUCCCUCUCCUCGCGCACCUGAACUUCGCGCAGGGAGCGCCGGCGGGGGCCGCUUCCGCCGCCGACGUCGCCUCGCCGCGCUCCGCGACGGCGGCGAUGCUUGGCGAGCGGCUCACGCUGAGCACGCAGCUCGAGCGCCGGUCCGUCGAGGCGCCCGGGGACAAGUCUCUCAAGCCCUCAACUAUGCGACUCCGCUCACUGUCAACUGUGCACCUGCAGGCGCCCGAGGACUACCGCUCCUCGGCCUCGCUCGUGCGGCAGGCCUCCUUCCACAAGCCGAUCGCCGCGCUGCCCCACGGCUUCUCGGAGCGGACCGACGUCACCAGCGAGUCCUCCGCACGCUCGACUCCGGAGGGGUCGCCCAACCUGCGCGCGGCGGCGGCGCGCCAGCUGAUGCCGCCUCCGGGCGCGGUCUCGCCAAAGCGAAAGGCGGCGGGGAGCGACGUCGACCGGCCACGCAGCGCGGGGUCCGACGCAAGCGACGGCAGCGUCGGCAGCGCGGGAGGCAACGCGCGGCGGCAGCGGCGGCAGCGAGGGGACGGCGGCAUCCCGCUCGGAACAAAGGGCGCGGGCGGCGGCCGCAAGGGAGGCGGGCGAGGCGGCGGGCGGGGAGGAGGGAGUGGCCGCGGCCGCUGA